UUCCAAAACAUUCAUCGUUAUUACAUAUUAUACAUCUCAUUUAUAAUUUCUUAUUUGUCACGUAAAUGAAAUAUUAAGUGAUACGAAAAAUAUUGUAUACACUUAUUUUGUAUUAUAAUUGUGUUACAAAAAUGAUAUUGCUGCGUGAUUUUACAAUUGUUUACAAUAAACUAUUAAUAUACCUUCAUUUUAAUUCUUAUGCGAAACACACAUGUGAGGAGAUCUAAGGAUUAUAAAAUUCGAUUGUGUGUAUCUAGAGAUAACCAUGUUUAUGGUGGCGGUAUCAAGCGUCUUUCUGAUUUGAGAUAUUUUAAAAUAAACAAAAUGUCAGGCGGCAUGCUUUAUGGAGGAGAUGAAAUUGGAGCCUUAGUAUUUGACUUGGGUCAUCAUUCUUUAAGAGUUGGUUAUGCUCAAGAAGAUACCCCUAAAGCUGAAAUUCCAGCAGUUAUAGGUGUAGGAGAAGAUGGCAAUUGUACAGCAACAAAAACAGAACCAAUGGACAUUGAUGAUAAAAAGCCAGACAACAAUAUUACACAAUCUGGGACCAAGUAUUAUAUUGAUACUACUGUACUUCAUGUUCCAAGAAGCAAUAUGGAAGUUGUAAGUUACAUGAAGGAUGGGAUGAUUGAGGAUUGGGAUCAUUUUGAGAAGGUUUUAGAUUAUACCUAUUCCAAAGUAAUUCAGUCAGAUGCAGAAUAUCAUCCAGUACUGUUUUCUGAAUCUCCAUGGAAUGUACGCAGUAAAAGAGAAAAACUGACUGAACUAAUGUUUGAGAAGUAUAAUGUACCAGCCUAUUUCCUUGUCAAAAAUGCGGUUCUUGCUGCUUUUGCAAAUGGUAGAGCAACUGGUAUUGUAGUUGACAGUGGUGCAACACAUACUUCUGCUGUACCAGUUCAAGACGGUUUUGUAUUAACACAGGCAAUAGUUAAAUCUCCACUUGGAGGAGAUUAUAUAAGUAUGCAAUGCAGACAAUUUCUUCAGGAUAAUGACAUUGACUUGUCCCCUUCUUACAUGGUGGGUAGCAAAGAAGUUGUUAAAGAUCAUGAAAAACCAAGAUGGGUAAGAAAGAAGGGAUUACCUGAUGUUACUAAAUCUUGGCAUAAUUAUAUGGUAAAGAAACUUAUACAGGACUUCCAAGCUACAGUGUUGCAAGUAUCAGAAACUCCAUAUGAUGAAAAAAUUGUUUCCACAAUUCCUGCAGUUCAAUAUGAAUUUCCUGCUGGAUAUCAUCAGGAUUUUGGAAGUGAAAGAUUUCGUAUACCAGAAGCACUUUUUGACCCCAGUAUGGUACAAAUGCGUGGUGGUCUGGUUGGUAAUACUAUGUUAGGAGUAGGUCAUAUUGUUACAACUAGUGUAGGCAUGUGUGAUGUUGAUGUAAGACCAGCACUUUAUGGUAGUGUUGUUGUGACUGGUGGCAAUUCAUUCAUUCAGGGCUUUCCGGAACGUUUAAACCGAGAUCUUUCCAUGAGAAUUCCAUCUAGUAUGAGAUUGAAACUAAUUAGUGUAAAUGGAUGUGCUGAACGACGAUUCGGAGCUUGGAUCGGUGGAUCAAUUUUGGCUUCAAUUGGAACUUUCCAACAAAUGUGGAUAUCAAGCCAAGAAUAUGAAGAAAGCGGCAAAAGCCAAGUAGAACGAAAAUGUCCUUAAAUAGAAACAUAAGCUAUUUCCAUAUGUCCUUUCUUAAUAAUAUUAUCAGUACUUGUACAAAUAUAUUUCUGAUAAAUGUGUUAAGGAAAUAACUAUAAAUUGAUACAUCUGAUACAAUUAAGUCUGAUAUGCAAUCAUGAAAGAUUUGGAUUUUUUUUAAUAAUAUUCAUUUAAGUGUGUUCUACAUAUUGACCUAAGACAUGAAUAAGUAUGUUCUACUUAUGUGUAUUACUGAAAUCUGUAAAAUAUGUAGUCAAACAUGAAAAUUUUAUUUAUUAUUAAUGCACAACAUAGACGCAAUAAAAUGUUAUAAAGAAUGGUGUAUAAAGAAUUGUACUAAGAUUUUUAUAAAAACUUGCAGUAAAAGGCUGUGUCUUUGAAAUCUUCA